AUGGCGGCUGGCACGUCGAGGAUACUGCGUUAUGUCUUGUUUGCUUUCUUCGGCCUUAUGAUCCUUUAUUUCAUAUCUUCCUCGUCAAUACCCAAACCGGAAAUGCCUGGUGGGUCGAAUUUCGAGAGGUGGAAGAGCAAGAAAGACAAAAGUAAUGCUUCGGUAGGGAAAAGCCCCGCAGGUCCUCCCUCAUCAGGGGAGAAAGAUCUUGCUGCGGAAUCGGGCUCGUCCAAGCUAACGGGGAAGCUCGAAACAUCAUCCGGCCUUUCGACAGGAGCAAAGAUGAAUGCUACGUUUGUCUCGUUGACCAGAAACUCGGAUCUAUGGGAUAUUGCAGACUCGAUUCGUAAUGUUGAAGAUCGGUUCAAUCGAAAUUACCACUACGACUGGGUUUUCCUCAAUGACCAGCCCUUCGACGAGACGUUCAAGAAGGUCACUACCGCCAUGGUUUCUGGCACUGCGCGAUAUGGCUUGAUUGGCAAGGAGCAUUGGUCAUUCCCAGAUUUCAUUGAUCAAGACAAAGCCAAAGCGGUUCGAGAAGACAUGGCAGAGCGAAAGAUCAUCUAUGGAGACUCUAUAAGCUACAGGCACAUGUGUCGAUUUGAAUCGGGCUUCUUCUUUCGCCAGCCUUUGAUGAAUGAGUAUGAGUGGUACUGGCGUGUAGAGCCGAGUAUCAAGCUAUUCUGCGAUAUUGGCUUCGACCCGUUCGUGUUCAUGGCAGAGAACAAGAAGAAAUACAGCUUCGUCAUCAGUUUGUUUGAGUACGCCGAGACCAUUCCUACGAUCUGGGACAGUACAAAGAAAUUCAUGAAAUUACAUCCAGAGCACAUUCCUGAAGGCAAUGCUGUGGACUGGUUGAGCGAUGACGGCGGAGAGUCUUACAACCAUUGCCAUUUCUGGUCCAACUUUGAAAUUGGUAACCUCAAUUGGCUGCGAUCGAAAGCCUACCUCGAAUUCUUUGAAGUCUUGGAUCAAGAUGGCGGCUUCUUCUACGAGAGAUGGGGUGAUGCCCCUGUGCAUUCCAUUGCCGCCGGUCUCUUAUUGAAAAAGGAGGAAAUACACUUCUUCGACGACAUUGGAUACUGGCACGUUCCAUUUACACACUGUCCGACAUCUGAACAGAAAAGACUGGAGAAUAAAUGCCAUUGCAACCCGAAAGACAACUUUGACUGGAAAGGAUAUUCAUGUACGACAAAGUGGUUCGAAAAGAAUGAAUUGAAAUACCCCGAGGGCUGGGAAGAUCAAAAAGACUAG